GGGGCCCGAGUCCAGCACUUGGUUUGUGGCACUGGUAGCCAUGGGUGUAGGCGCUGCCACCGCUGGUACUAUGCUAUCGGUGUCGGUGUGUAUAAUGGAAGUGGACCCGAGCAACGCAGGCCUGUGCCAGUCUAUCAUACAGUUUACCAUCAUUGGAGCCGAUAUUAUUAAUGGUCUACCUGUGAGUAUGUUUGCCGGUGCUUAUGGUUGGCGAGCGGUGUUUAUUAUGGCUGAGAUCAUGUGCGUUUUGGUGGCCGGAAAUACG